AUGGAACCACCUCCACCAAUUACUGUUCUUCGUGCACAUCAACAAUCCGUUACAUCUGUAUGUUUUCACAAAGGAAAACUCAUUUCAACAUCAACAGGAAAUGAAUUAUUUGUUUGGAAUUUAGAAACUCGACGUGUUGAAAACAUUUUAAGCAAAUUCAAAGAAGGGGAUGAUGGUUUGUUGCGUGCUUGUGCCAACGAUAACAUUAUUUGCGCAAAUAGUCGACUUGGAAGACUUUUAAUUUACGAUAUUAACACAAUGAAGCAAAUAACUGAAGUAGCCACAGAUCAAUCACAUGGUUUUGCUGGUUGCAGACUUCAUGAUACUGAUAUUUACUUCGCAGAUGCAUUCAAUGCGAAAAUUUGUAUUUAUGAUAUGAAUUCUUCGAAUUGGUUCCCUAUUUCUACACUCAAAGACCAUGGUAUGAUCAUGGAUAUAUCAUAUUACGAUAAUUAUAUUGGUGUUUGCCUUGAAGAUUCAAAUGUCAUUGUUAUCGACAAUCGAAACUCGAUUGAACCUGUUUGGACAGCAACAUUAGGUCGUACUGAUCCAUCAGUUUCCAUUUGCAUGCUUGGAGAAGAGCGUUGUCUCGUAGGAGGAAGCGAAAAAAGUGUUUACGAUGUAACUCCAUCCUCUCAUGAAUCUUUUUACGAAAUGCCACACGCAGGCAUCGAUGAUAUCGCUGUUCGUAGUGAUGGCCGCAUCUGGGCCCUUUCUGGAUGGGAUGGAAGAGUCAGAUUGUUUGAUGCAAAGAAGAAGACUCCACUUGCUGUAUUAAAACAUCACCGUGGAGGUAUUCAUACUGUCGCUUUCGCCGAAAACGAUAUUUUCGCAAGUGCUGGCGAUGAUAGAGGAAUUGCUGUUUGGGAUCUGUACAAAAGGAAGAACCAGAAGUAA